CAUUGAUUCUCAUCUUAAUCACAAGAAACAAAAACACAUUUAUUCUUUUAUCGGAAGACGAAAAUCUGAAAUGGGCCGUUGUUAUCGCGGAGUGCUUACUCUUUUCUUCACCGUUCUUUUGAUGCUCUCGCUGUGCCAAGCUUUUAGUAGUAACGUUGUUGAUGAUGGAUAUGGUCACGAAGAUGGAAGCUUUGAAUCCGACAGCUUACUCAAGCUCAACAACGACGAUGUUCUUACCUUGAAAAGCUCCGGUGAAACCACUUCAGAAUCCUCAACUGUUAGCGUUUCCAAUUUCGGAGCCAAAGGAGAUGGAAAAACCGAUGAUACUCAGGCCUUUGAGAAAGCAUGGAAGAAAGCAUGUUCAACAAAGGGAGUUACCAAUUUCUUGGUGCCUAAAGGAAAGAGUUACCUCCUUACGUCUACUCAAUUUAGAGGCCCGUGCAAAUCGUUGCGUAACUUUCAGAUCUUAGGCACUCUAUCAGCAUCUACAAAACGAUCGGAUUACAAAGACAAAUACCAUUGGCUUAUCAUAGAGGACGUUAACAAUCUAUCAAUCGAUGGCGGGUCGACUGGGAUUAUUAACGGCAACGGAAAAAUCUGGUGGCAAAACUCAUGCAAAAUUGAUAAAUCUAAACCAUGCACAACAGCGCCAACGGCUCUUACUUUAUACAAGUUAAAUAAUCUAAAUGUGAAGAACUUGAGGGUGAGAGAUGCGCAGCAGAUUCAAGUUUCGAUUGAGAACUGCAACAAUGUUGACGUUAAGAAUGUUGCCAUCACCGCUCCUGGCGAUAGUCCAAACACCGAUGGAAUCCAUAUCACCAGUACCAAAAAUAUUCGAGUCUCCAAAUCAGAUAUUGGAACGGGUGAUGAUUGUAUAUCCAUUGAGGAUGGAACACAAAAUCUUCAAAUCAGUGAUUUAACUUGCGGCCCAGGUCACGGAAUCAGUAUUGGGAGCUUGGGGGACGACAACUCAAAAGCUUAUGUCUCAGGAAUUUAUGUGGAUGGUGCUAAGUUCUCUGAGAGUGAUAACGGAGUUCGGAUUAAGACUUAUCAGGGAGGAUCAGGAACUGCCAAGAACAUAAAGUUUCAAAACAUUCAAAUGAAAAAUGUCAAGAAUCCGAUCAUAAUCGACCAGAACUACUGCGACAAGGCCAAAUGCGAAGAACAAGACUCCGCCGUGCAAGUGAAAAACGUGGUGUACAAGAACAUAUCCGGUACGAGCGCGACGAAUGUGGCGAUAACUUUGAACUGUAGUGAGAAGUAUCCAUGCCAAGGGAUUGUGCUUGAGAACGUGAACAUUAAAGGAGGAAAGGCUUCUUGCAAAAAUGCCAACGUCAAAAAUCAAGGCACCGUUUCUCCUAAAUGCUCUUAAUUAAUUACUGAGCCAAUAAUGUAACAUAUACAUAUUUAUACAUAGAUACAUGUAUGUAUAUUGCAAUCUAUACGUAUUGCUUCGUAAUGUAUGUAGUAAAGAUGUGUGGGUAUACUAACAUAAAGUAGUCGAAAGAUUUGUUGUCUUAUAUAUUAUACUACUGUGGAUUGUUUGUAUUUCCAUGAAUUAAUAAAUUAAUAAGAUUAUUUGUCUAAUA